AACAAUCAAUCAAAUUACAAACAUAUCUUGACACAUAACUUGUGAUGACCACAAUGUCAAUUAUGAAUCCAUUUUCUAUGAAAUUGAUUCAAGCCAUAUUUCUCAUAUGUUUGGUGUUGCAAGCAGACCAGUUUGUUUGUUCAAAAGAGGUUGUUAGAUGCAUUCAAAGUGAGAGGCAGGCACUCCUGCAAUUCAAGUUUGGCCUUGUUGACAAAUUUGGCAUGUUGUCAUCUUGGACAACAGAAGAUUGCUGCGAAUGGUAUGGAAUUGGUUGCAGCAAUAUCACUGGCCAUGUACUUAUGCUCGACCUUCAUGGUGAUUAUUAUUAUUAUAAUAAUAAUGAUGACAAUAAUAAUUACUAUAUCAGUGGUGAUAUCCACAAGUCAUUGAUGGAGUUGCAACAAUUACAAUAUUUGAACCUCAGUAGAAAUAAUUUUGAAGGCAAUUCUAUACUAGGUUUCUUUGGAUCUUUAAGAAACCUAAGAUACCUUGAUCUUUCAUAUUGUCAUUUUGGAGGACAAAUUCCUAUUCAAUUGGAGUCUCUUUCACAUUUGAAAUACUUGAAUCUUUCCAACAAUCUUCUAGAUGGUUUGAUUCCUCAUCAACUUGGAGGUCUCUCCAACUUGCAAUUUCUUGAUCUCAGCCACAAUUAUUUGGAAGGAAGCAUUCCAUGUCAACUUGGAAAUCUCUCCAACUUGCAAUUUCUUGAUCUCAGCAUCAAUUAUUUGGAAGGAAGCAUUCCAUCUCAACUUGGAAAUCUCUCCAACUUGCAAUUUCUUGAUCUCCAUGGAAAUUUUUUUAAAGGAAAAUUACCAUCUCAACUUGGAAAGCUUACAAACCUACAAGAGCUUUAUCUUGGAAAUGAAUAUGGUGAUAGUGGUCUGACUAUUGACAACAGGGAUCACAACGGAGGUCAGUGGUUGUCUAAUCUUACUUCUUUAACCCAUCUAUUGAAAAUGGUUGGUAAGUUACCAAAACUGAGAGAACUAAGUUUACAAAAUUGUGGCCUUUCUGAUCAUUUUAUCCAUUCAUUGAGUCAAUCCAAGUUCAACUUUUCCACUUCCCUUUCUAUCCUUGAUCUAUCUGAUAACCACUUUGCAUCAUCCUUGAUAUUCCAUUGGGUGUCAAACAUAAGUUCCAAUCUUGUAAAGCUUGACCUUUCUAUGAACCUUUUGGAGGAUCCUCCAUCAUAUGGUUAUGGCACAGUGAUGAACUCGCUUCAGGAGAUUGACCUAUCAUACAAUAAACUGAAGGGUGUGGCGUUUAAGUCCUUCAUGAAUGUAUGCACCUUACGUUCAUUAGUUUUGUAUGCAAACAAUUUCAAAGAAGAACUUCAAACAGUUCUUCACAAUUUGUCUGGAGGUUGUGUUAGAAACUCACUUCAAGUGUUAGACCUCAGUUCUAAUGGAAUCACUGGAACACUGCCUGACCUUUCUGCAUUCACAUCAUUGAAAACAUUGGAUCUUUCUUCCAAUCAACUAAGUGGAGAGAUCCCUGGGGGUAGUAGCCUGCCAUAUCAGUUGGAACAUUUAUCCAUUGCAUCAAACACUUUAGAAGGGGUAAUUCCUAAAUCAUUUUGGACGAAUGCAUGUAAGUUGAAAUCAUUGGACCUAUCAUAUAACAGAUUCAGUGGCACACUACCUGAUCUCUCAAUAUUCUUAUUUUUGGAAAUGUUUGAUAUUUCUGAAAAUAGACUAAACGGGAAGAUAUUUGAAGAUAUUCGAUUUCCAACUACACUAUGGAUACUACGAAUGAAUUCGAACAAUUUAAGUGGUGUGAUCUCAGAAUUUCAUUUUUCUGGUAUGUCAAUGUUAAAGGAAUUAGACUUGUCUGACAAUUCACUUGCAUUGACAUUUACUGAAAAUUGGGUCCCACCUUUUCAACUGUACAAUAUAGGAUUGAGAUCAUGCAAACUUGGUCUUACAUUUCCUAAAUGGAUUCAGACACAAAAGUACCUGCAGGAUCUUGAUAUUUCGAAGGCUGGAAUUUCAGAUAAUGUUCCAGAGUGGUUUUGGGCUAAACUAUCAUCACAAUGGUGCAACAACAUCAACAUUUCAAACAAUAAUCUCAAAGGAUUAAUUCCAAAUCUUCAAGUCAAAAAUCGUUGUUCUGUUUUAUCUCUUUCAUCAAAUGAAUUUGAAGGGCCUAUUCCACCAUUUCUAAAAGGUUCUACAGUUACUGAUUUGUCCAAAAACAAAUUCUCUGAUUCUCUUCCAUUCCUAUGUAAAAAUGGUAUAGAUGCAGUGUUAGGCCAGUUUGACCUUUCGAAUAAUCAAUUAUCUGGACGAAUUCCAAACUGUUGGAGCAAUUUCAAGUCAUUAGUUUAUGUAGAUUUGAGCAGCAACAAUUUUUCAGGGAAGAUUCCUACUUCAAUGGGAUCACUUGUAGAACUGCAAGCAUUCCUAUUGAGGAACAACAACUUGACAGGGGAGAUCCCUUUCUCCUUAAUGAACUGCACAAAGUUAGUAAUGCUUGAUUUGAGAGACAAUAGAUUAGAAGGACACAUCCCUUAUUGGAUUGGAAGUGAAUUAAAAGAGUUGCAAGUUUUAAGCUUACAAAGAAAUCAAUUCUAUGGAAGUUUACCAUUGGAACUCUGCCAUCUACAAAAGAUUCAACUUUUUGAUCUCUCAUUAAACAAUCUAUCUGGGCGAAUUCCUAAAUGCAUUAAAAAUUUCACUUCAAUGACUCAAAAAUCUUCAUCACAAGGUUAUACACAUCAUCAAUAUUAUAUAACCCGAGGAUCUUCGGGUUAUGGAGAAGAAUAUGAACUGAAUGCAUUCUUGACAUGGAAAGGUGUAGAACAAGUGUUCAACAACAAUGAAUUGUCUCUCCUGAAAAGCAUAGAUUUAUCCAGCAAUCACUUUUCAGACGAGAUUCCACCUGAAAUUGCUGAUUUGAUCCAAUUGGUCUCAUUGAACUUAUCAAGAAACAACUUCACAGGGAAAAUUCCUUCAAGAAUUGGAAAGUUAAUAUCACUUGACUUUCUUGAUUUGUCACGAAAUAAGUUGCUUGGUUCAAUUCCGUCUAGUCUUUCCCGAAUAGAUCGACUUGCUGUGCUAGAUUUGUCACAUAAUCAAUUAUCUGGAGAAAUUCCAACGAGUACACAACUACAAAGUUUUGAUUCCUCAUGUUAUGAAGAUAAUCUUGACCUUUGUGGGCUGCCACUUGUAAAACUGUGUGUUGAAGGGAAGCCUCGACAUGAAGUAAAAUUAAAAAUUCAAGACGAUGAAGAUUUGCUUCUUAAUCGUGGAUUUUACAUCAGUCUGACAUUCGGAUUUAUUAUAGGCUUUUGGGGAGUGUUUGGCUCAAUCCUAAUCAAGCGUUCCUGGAGACAUGCUUAUUUCAAGUUCAUGAACAACUUAGUGGAUGCUAUUUACGUGAAAUGCAGAUGGUGGCUCAAAGAUUAACCGGUUGGCAAAAUCUUGUGAAUCUUCAAUCAAGGCUACUGGAUAGUGUGUUGUGGAUCAUAUUAAGGUGUGCAAGAAAGUCCUUCUCCACGAAGAUAAAUAGUAUCUCCUCUUUAUUGAAGGCUUUGUGAAUUAUUUCCCUUGUAACUCUAGGAAGAUGAUUUCUCCUUGCCCCCAAUAUGUCUCAAAGAACUUUAUUUGUGUAGAUUACACAAUCAGGAUGUGCAAAAGACACCCUGUUUUACACGUCGGGAUUGUGUAAUUCAGACAAAUUGAGUGUUUUGAGAGAUGUUGAGGGCCGAGGAGAAGCAAUCCUCUAGCGAAUAGAUUGGUGGAGUAUCUCUUUGUAAUAUAUGGUUAUGUCUGUUGUUCAAUUAGGUUGCAACUUGCAAUGCCUUUUGUAUUCUCUGUAAUUUAUUCAUGCAAUAAACAUUGAUGAAGUAUUAUACAAGUAAACAACACGUGUCAUUUUUCU